AUGGAGCAUCCAGUCAGAGAAAUCGCCGGCGUGAUAAAGGCUCUCACUCAGGGAAGUCCUGAGGUGCAAGAGUCGGCGCUUAGAGAGUACUUUCUGCCCAACGCCUCUUUCUCCCAUCCGUACUGUCAUGUGCCGUCCAUCUCAAAGGGCACGAUCCCUUUGGCUGGCGGGCUUGACUCUAUCUGGUUGAUACUCGGUAUCUACCGGUGGUAUCGCACUCUAAGUCCACACAUCGACAUCAAGGUUGAUUCAGCUGUCUUUGACCAAAAAAGUGGUCUUCUAUACGUCUCCCUUCGCCAAACAUUUGCAGUCUGGUUCAUACCACUCUACAAAGCACCCGUACGACUGGUGUCCGUUCUCCAACUCACCCAACUAUCACCCGACUCCUCAGAGGAGGACGUUCCUGAAAAGCAACCAACCAACAAGCGCAACGGCAAGCCAGGAAGCGUCAAGCCACGCCGGCAGCCGAAGCCCAAGUACUUCAUCGCUAGCCAGGAGGACCUGUACCCUGUCAACGACUGCAUACAAUUCAUCCUCCCCGGCCUUGGUCCCUUCCUUUGGACUCUAUGGCAGCUCUACAGCACAUGGCUAUGUGUCGUUGGAUCUCUGAUAUUCCUGCCGGUUUACUUUCUCCUCAACGGGACUCCGUCAUCAAAGACAAAGAGAAAGACACCCAAGUUUUGA